GUUGAAUACACUUAUUAAAUGAUUUAUAUUAUUCAGUGAAUGUUAUGAAAACAUUGCCAUUAUACAUUAAUUUCUAACAAUUUCAACAGUGACUUUCGUUUCAUUCAUAUCUAGUAAUUUCGAACAUUAUUAUCUUACUUGUAAACAAAGUUAACAACUCGUUUUGUAUCAGCCAUAUAUCACAUUGAUUGUAUACAAACAUUUUUUUUCUCGUAUAUACAAGAGUGUGUUAGUGUAUCCACUUUGUCCUUUAACAUCUAGAGAAAAAAAACUAGAUAAAAAUGACAUUGUUUCAUACAUUGUCAAAUUUCAGGUAUUGAGUUUACCUGAUUUGGUGCAACAUUGAAUUUAGCGAAAAUUUCAACUUUCAAAGCAUUAUGUACAUUUGUUCGAAUACUUUUAUUUCCAGAAAAAUUUCCUAAAAGUCUUGAAUCACAUUUAUGUUUAACUAAUGGCAAAAUGACUGAUAUCAAGCAGACAGAUGAACUGAUCCAUGAACAUUUCAAAGAAACUACAACACAUACAACAACUUUUGAAGGUGAUCAAAUAGAUUCAGUGGAAGAUUAUAUUGUUGAUAAUACAGAAAUGGAAGAUACUCAACAAUCGUCACCGUUAAUUAAUCAUAAUAUAGAUGAAGAUGCACAAAUUGUUGAAGAUGAUGUAGACGAACUGGAAGACUAUGAACAACAUGAUUAUGCUUUUCAAUCAAGUGGUAGUAUAAAAAAUGAUAAAGAAGUUUUUCAAGAGAAAAUGAAAGAUAUUCUACAAGAAAUGAAAAUGAAAGAGAUUAUUCGUGAUAAAACUAGUGGAAAUACUAUGAAACAAUCGAAUGCAAAUACAAUGAAUAAUCGACCAGUAACACCGGAAUCUAUAGAUCAAACAUUAUUUGAUCAUUCAAGUGAUCAUAGUUCUGUGAAAGAUGAAGAAUUAGCUGAAGAAGAACUACAAGUGAAAGAAGAAAUUAAUGAAGCGCAUAAUUUAGAUAUGAGAUUAAAUGAUCGAGAAAGUUCAGUUCAAUAUGAAUUUGAACCAGAACUGGAAAAUGACAAUAAAUCUAUUGAAACAAAAACAGAAAUGAAAAAUGAACAAUUUCAAUAUGAAGAAGUAUUACCGGAAAAUAUCACUAGUAGAUUGGAAAAUUCCAAUUCACAAAGUCGUCUUAUUUACAAUGAAGUUCCAGCUAUGAAUUCUCAAGCUAAUGAUAUAGUGAAUUUUGUUCAAGAACAAGUAGAAACAUUGAAAUUAACUGAUGAAUCACAGAACAAUGUUCAAUAUUCACAACAAACUAAACAUAGUCCUGUACCAGCUUUUUAUAAUAAAACAUUAUUAAAUGAUACAGGCAGAACAUUACCAGUUUCAUCGACAUCUCCAACACUUACAAUUAUACAAAAAAAUUCAUCGAAUUCUAGAUCUCGUCCUAUUAGACCAAUAUACCAAAGUUCAGUAACUUUAUCUAAUCAUAAUCAAACAACUUCUCAUUCGAAUUUGAAUUCAACAAUGCAUUAUCCUGUCCGUAGAGCAUAUUCACCAAGAGAAGAACCUAUGAGUCCGACAAGAAAUACAAUUCAUAUUGGAUCACAAGUGAUAUCUGAACAAAGUGGACCGUCAUUUACAAUAUUUCUACGACGUCCAAACAGUGAACGUCAUUGGGGAUUUUCAUUUUAUGGUGGAGCAGAAUAUGGAUGUCCACCAUUUGUGAACAAAGUGACAUCAAAUGGACUAGCCAAUCAAGCAGGCUUAGAGGUUGGUGACGUUAUAGUAAGCAUUUGUAAUUCUUUAACAGUUGGCAAAACGUAUGAACAAGUCAAGGCGGAGAUAUUACGGGCUGGUAAUGAAUUAGACCUUAUAUUAAUCAGACGCGGUGUAGACUUAAAUAAAGUUGCACAGAUUGCUCCACAUAUAAUGACUACAUCCUCGUUUGUUCAUCAAUCAUCAAUUGAUUCGGAUAAUAGUAGUCAGAGAAAGUUAUCAACAAGAUCAUUAACACGAGGUCGAUCAUUCCGCCCAAUUCAAACAAAAUCUUUUCGUAUUUUAGAACAACAGCUUAGUAUUAGUGAAAGCACUGGAAAUCCAAUUGUUAAACCGAAACAAAUCACUCAUGAACCACGUAUUAUAAACUCGCCUAGCUAUAGUACUACAUUUACUAAACCUUAUGGACAAAACAUGAACAAUCAAGGAUUUAUUACUGAUAUUCAAAUUAAACCAACACAAAUGCAUCAUGUAACAACGUCAACAACAAUUAUACACCCUAAAUCUAAUCAGAAUAAUAAUAAUAAUAAUAAUAAUAAUAAUAUUCAAACUCAAUUCAAUUCCUAUGACUAUGGUCGUGCAGUAAGUCAUGUUUCUCCAAAUCAAUGGGUAACUACUCAACCUAUUCAAAUAUCAGGUGUAAUGAAUACUAAUAAUACAAACAAUAUUGGUCGUCAAUCAUACCAACGCAGUGAAAAUGUCGCCUGGAUUAAAGUGUCUCCAUCUCAUCAAUGUUCACAAAAUGAUUUGUACAAUCAAAGUAAUUAUUAUAUAACGAACAGUUACACUGAACACAGAGAUUCAUCAAGUACUAGAUCUGUUCCAAUCUAUCCUAUGUCAUAUUCACCCUAUAGACAACAACUUUAAAAUCUCAUAGCAUUUAUAUUUUAAAAUUUUACUGAAUAAACAAUUCUUUUCAUAGAUUUUUCCUACAUAACAUACAUAUAUAUAUAUAUACAGAUGCAUAAAAUCAUUUUAUAUCAUAAGAUUUAUUCAUCCAUUUCACCAGUUUGUUUUACUACAUUAUAAUUGAUUAAUUUAUGUUUGUGUGUGUGUGUGUGUGAGUUUUACGACCAAUCAAAUCUUCACUUAUCCAUUUUAGUAUUCCUCCGCCACCAACGCCGCUUCAUGCCACUUUCCCUUAUUCGUUUAUUUGAUUUUCUAGUUCACUUGAAAAAUUUUUCUAGUAUUCUUCAUUGUAACCAAAUCAAACGAAAGUGAACUGUUGAAUUGAUUGCAAAAUCUGUCAUUUUCUCCUGUCUAAUUUUUUUUUUUUAAUUUUCUUAUCCUACUUUUCAUUAAUUCAUUCACCAAGAUUUGAUAUUAUUCUUUUUAUAUUUAGUGUAGAGUAAAGUGAAAGGUUAACCAAUGUUACUCUGUACUGAAUUAUCAUCAUGUACUUUGUACUUUGGGAACUUUGAAUGAAUGUACCUAUCAUGUUACUAUAUAUAUAUAUAUAUAUAUAUAUAUAUAUAUAUAUAUAUAUAUAUAUCCUUUCAUAAUUAAUUUGACUGGUAUUGCAUAUUUUUAUUUUCAGUAAAUUUCUCCCAAACUGGAUAUAGUUUGUUAACAUUUCCUUCGUAUUCAGUUAUAUAGUAGUGAUAACUAUAUACUUAUAUUUCAUGAGAAUAAUUUUUGUUGUAAACUACAAAUAAAUGAAGGAAUAAGUAGUUGUCCUAUCUGUUAUCCAAUUUUCUGCGACAUUCAGUUAAUCGUAAAUAUAAUAUAACUUUACCCACA